ACUAUUCAAUCAAAGGUGGUUUAUUCAUUGAAAUUGCGUUAUCAGUGAAAGGCGACAACUGUAAAUAAAAACCAUAUAGGAAAUAGAACAAUGUUGGCUAUUGUGUGUAGUUUGUGCGGUAACUGAUACCAGAUUGAGCAAUUCCCUUUGACUGGGCGCCGAGACGAGUCUACAAAAUUUUGACUUUCACUUAUUCUCUUUAUUAUUUUGAUGACUUAUUCAUCAUACAAGUUAACUCAUUCAUUUCAUUACUGAAUAGAAAGAUACAAUCGCUAAAAUGCAGAAAAAUUGAAUAAUGCCCCCAUUUAUUUCGCUACGUAGUCAUAGGGGCGGCGGCAUAUAUUAGACGUAACCAUGGCAACGAGUCAGCCCGACAAUCGAAACAAACGAGCCAGCAGUCGGUGUAUAUUGUUGUGAUGUAGAGAAUUCUUAACGUUUUUUUCCAGUCAAGCACAUCUUAAUUUAGAAUGACAUCGGUAGCAACUUCAAAUGGACCCGUCACAUCUACUCCUCUGAUAGCAACCAGCUUUUAUUAUUCCGUCCAAGGCCAAAUCCGGCACGGAGAAUUCCCGCUCAAUUCCCAACUUUACGUCAAAACUUGCUAUCACCACGGAGCUGACUGGAUCUUCUGCCACGGUAUUGAAGAAGGGUUAAGUCAGCUAGCCAUUCAAAAGUCAUCUGGGGGCCGAGAAUUGGUGUGGAAUUUUCCUUUACAAUCGUCGUGGAAGAGCACGAAUCCCCACGGAUGGCCUAGAAUGAUCGUCAGUCUUUAUGGACCCGACGAGCUGGGUAACGAUGACGUCGCAUACGGCUAUGGUUCCACCGUUUUGCCCAUCUGUGCUGGGCAUUACACAAGAACACUGGCUAUCUAUCGGCCGCAGUCACAAUCUCUUCUGCACAAAUGGACCAGUUGGUUUACCGGGCGUCGUCCUGAAUUGAUUGAUCCCAAAACUAUUGCCCUCAACGAAGGCCGUGACGUUCUCCGAAUGGAAACUCUGGGCUACGUCACGGUCGAAUUCCACACCACUUUUAAAGAUUUCCAAAGUUUAGGCUACGAUUCAUCAAUCAGUGGACCGGAAAAAGUAUCAUCCACUUUGCCUAUUUUUUAAGACAAAAUCAAUUAUAAAUUUACAAAAUAAAUGAACACGGCUACAGGGAUAUGAGCAACACUUUGAAAUGAGUGUAUUUCUUUAUUUUAAUUUUGUUUUCAACUAAGUAGACGACACCAUUAAUGGUGGGUGGCGGGGGAGGUUAAAGACAUCAAAGAGCGAAUGAUUCUCUUAAAUGACGAGAUUCCGCGGGAGUCAUUUUACAAUUCAAAAGACGGCCAAAAAUCAGGGGAGAAAAGAAGAAACACGAAUGAAAUCGUAGUUUGAUGUUUAAAAAAAAAAAAUUUUGAAUUUUUUAGCCCGUCCCAGCUGUGAAAAGAGACGGAAAUUCUCAAAAGUUCGCCAGCAGCGGCAGCAGCUUUUGUGUGUUGUUAUACAUAAUACAAAAAAGGGGGGGUGGAAGAUUCAAUUAAUGACAGCGGAUAGACGAAGAAAUAUGGAACGGGUGACAUGUAUAACAAACAAUCAAAAAUUUAGUUUCCUCCCCUCAAUAAUUGAAUGGCAUUUUUUCUUCAAAAUUUCUUUUUUUUUUACGAGGGAAUAAGAAUAAACACUUAUCGAGAUUCGAUUACUCCGAGCUUUAAAAAAACAACAAAAGAGAUUGACUCUUUUCUGUUUGGUUUGAGAAGGUAUUGAAAAAGUAUUGAUUGAAUCAUAUUAUAAAGAGAGAGAGAGAUUUCAUCAACAACAACAACAACAACAAAGACUUUUUGCUUCCUCCUCAAUUGCUCAUCAAAAGUACCGAACCGUGAGUAAGUAAGAGAGAGAGAAAGGGAAGAAUUGAAAAUCCCUUACUAUACUGGGCUUUGGUCUGAUGAUGACGACGAAGAAGAAAAAAGUUUGAAACAGCGGCCCAAG